CCCUCUCCAUGAUCAAAAGCUUUAUGCAAAAGUCUGUGCUCCGGCCAUAUCUCUGACACUGCAUGGAGCCUACAGUCUUCGUUCUACAUUUCACUGUGAAUUUUUCCAAAAUAAUGUCAAGUAUAAUUCUGCCGACAGGACAAACAUUUCCUAUUUUGGGAUUUGGAACUUGGAAUGCAAGUCCGGAGGAGAUAGAAACAGCUGUAGAUGCAGCAUUGGAGGCAGGCUACAGACACAUCGACACAGCUACCGCAUACGAAAACGAGCAUGCUAUUGGCAAAGUUUUGAAAAGAUGGUUGGAUUCUGGUAGAAUCAAGCGAUCUGAGCUAUUUGUUGUAACAAAGCUACCUCUCCACGGCAAUAGACACGAAGACGUAGAAAAAUGGAUCGAGAAAUCACUUCAGAAUUUGCAAUUAGACUACUUGGAUCUGUAUUUGAUACAUACUCCAGUGACAUUCGAAGAUGUGGGAGAAUUGCAUCCGUAUGAUGAAAACGGAGAAAUAAGACUCGAUAUGAAAACAGAUCAUGUGAAAAUAUGGCAAGCGAUGGAGCAACAAGUGGUGGACAAACGUACCAAAGCAAUUGGAUUGUCCAAUUUCAACAUUGCUCAAAUACAAAGGAUUUUGAAUAUCGCUAAACUACCCGUCUCAAAUUUGCAGAUUGAAUUGCAUGUGUAUUUUCAACAGAACGAAUUGGUAAAAUUUUGUAAAAACACCAAUAUUAGCGUAACAGCGUACUCCCCUUUGGGUACUCGUGGAUUUCUCAAGAAAAUAGGAAAGGCAGAUACAGUGCCAGAUCAAUUGGAAAAUCCCACUGUGUUAGAAAUUGCAAGAAAGUACAAGAAAUCCCCUGCUCAAAUAUUACUUAAACAUAUCAUUCAAAAAGGCAUAGUAACUAUCCCAAAAAGUACGAAUCCUACAAGGAUCAAAGAAAACAUCCAAUUGUUUGAUUGGGAACUUAAUCCUGAUGAUGUUAACAACUUGAAUGCUCUCGAUAUGGGAGAAUCUGGGCGCAUCUGUAAUUUUCUGUUCUUCAAAGGUAUUACAAAACAUCCUGAAUUUCCUUUCAAAGAUUGUAAAGAAUAAUUUUGAAUUUUGUAAUUUGUAUCUUAUAAGUGUUAUGCUGUUACUUAUAUUCCAUGAUGAUUUAUGAAAUGUCAUUAGCUUGUAAAAAUUUUAUCACAGUUUGAUAAAGCAAUAGACAUGUGAGGCAAAUUACAAUUGUUAUUUUGCAAAAGAUUAUAUUUUAUAUACAUAUAGACGUGUAUAAUUAUUUCUUUUAAAAACAGUAUGUUGAAACAAAUUCAUGAUAAAUUUAAAAUAUGAAACAUUUAGGUUAUACCAAAUUGUACUUUGCUUUCACAUGCCUUUCACAUUACCUACUUUCACCUCAAUUAUUUUCGGUUGUUGACUCUAGUGAAAUUUGUCGUUGUUGAUAAAAUAUAGCAUCAAACACUCUGUGACCAUA